AUGCACUUCUCCCGCUCACUGCCCACCCGUUUUGCACUUCUUUGUAUCUCCACCGUCUGCGGGAGGAACCUUAUCCUCACCAAUGACGAUGGCUGGGCGGAUGCGCAGAUUCGUGCUCAGUAUACAGAGUUGACGGAGGCAGGAUACGAUGUCGUCCUUUCUUGUCCCGCGGAAAACAUGUCUGGGACCGGUUCUGAUACUGCAACCCCGACGACGCUCGCCGAGGCCUGUGAGUACGAUACGUGCCCCGUAGGCUCUCCUCCGGAAGGCUUCAAUGCGAGCAAUACUCACCUGAACUACGUCAAUGCCUAUCCUGUGGAUGCAGUGCGCUACGGCAUUCAGACCCUGGCACCAAAAUUCUUCCACUCAAAACCAGACUUCGUGGUGAGCGGGCCAAACAUUGGAAAUAACCUCGGGACUGUAGUUCUCAUAUCUGGCACAGUUGGUGCUGCCUGCGAAGCGGCCAAAGAAGGCAUUCCAGCCACGGCGUUCUCUGGUGGCACUGGUUCACAAGUUUCGUACACCACACUCGAGAGCGACCCCACCGCCUCAUCGUCCGAGUCGUCCUGGGUCUACGCCGAGCUUACCACACACUACACCAACACUAUACUGGAGUUUGAUCUUCCGAUCCUCCCUCUCCUCCCAGAAGGCGUCAUCGUGAGCGUCAACUACCCAGAUAUCAACAGCUGCCCGUCCGCGAGCGACUAUAAGUGGGUCUUCUCGCGCAACCUGGCGAGCUCGGAAGGAACGGAUCUGUGGACGUGUGGGAGUUCGACGCUACCCGCGGAAAGUGACGUUGUCGCUGCAGACGGCUGCUAUUCGAGCGUGUCAGUACUGAACGCGACGACCAAGACAGAUGUCGACGCACUCACCCAGGCGGAGGUUUAUGCUAGGCUGCUGACUCUUCCAUUCACUUGCUUGCCUGGCUCAUCGUGA